AUGAUUCAGGUGGUGGCUCAGCCUGCUUUGCGGGGAAGCGCCGUUUCACAGGGUGCCUUGGAACAAGCUUUGGUCUUUGACGCUGGCAGCAGUGGCACACGCAUUCACAUUUUCAACAUGAGAAUGCCUCCUGGUGGUGCACACGUCCCGCGAAUUGAUUUGUCUGUGCGGGACAACCAAACGUGGAAAGUGAAACCAGGACUUUCACACUUUGCGGAGCAUGAUGACCUUCGAGGCUGCCGAGAAAAUAUCGAGCGCCUGGUGGGUUUUGCAAACAACUUUGUUGAAGAAGGCCGGCGCAAAGAUACGCCAGUCCUCUUGAAGGCCACAGCUGGCCUGCGAGCAGUUCAACAAGAGAAAGCUGCUGCAGUGUUGGAGGAAGUGCGGUCUACGCUAAGGGUUUCGGGUUACUGGUUUCAAGAUGAUUGGGUGGACAUUAUCAAGGGGAAAGAAGAAGCUGGAUUGGCCUGGAUUGCUGCCAACUAUCUCCAUGGCACUUUUGCCUUUGACAAAGAAUCCUUGGGCAUCAUUGAAAUGGGAGGUGGCUCCACGCAGGUCUCUUUCGAGCUCCAACCCGGAGAAAAGGACAGAAUUCCUGUUACGGACUUCUACCAAUUUCAGACAGCACUGGGCAAGGUCUAUGAUCUUUAUGCACACAGCUACUUGGGCUUUGGCCAGGACUACGCGCAGAAUAAGCUGAAAGAUCUCAGCGAUGCGGGUGAGGAUCCAUGCUAUCCUCCAGGCUACUCACGAGUGAGUCGCCUGGGUUCAAGUGUCCAGGGAAUCGGCAAGAGCGACCUUUGUGAGAGCAACAUCCACAAGAUGCUCUUUCAGGAAGCUGGUGCUCCUGGCCACUAUGAACACGAACUUCCAGUCAGGGGAUCGUUGAUUGCCACCGAAAACUUCUUCUAUGUAAGAGAAGACCUCAAACUGAGCCACAUGGAAGGUGUUCCUCCGAGUCAAGCAGAAGCAGCGGAAGUCUGUGGAAAAGAUCUGUCUUUCACAUUUGAAAAAGCUUGCUUUUCCCUGUCCUACCAGCUUGCAUUCCUGUCUGCCGUCAAUGCCCUCAACGGAGGCAACGAGGUGCAGGUGAAGCGGAAGAUCAAUGGGGGCGACAUCGACUGGGCCUUGGGAGCAGCGGGGCGGGAAUGGUCCAUCAAUGGGAUGGGGCGGAACGAGUUCGUCGUCUUCGCCGUGAAACCGUGUUUGAAUGCCAGGCCUUCACUUGCAGUGGGUCCUGACAAUGCUGACAGCAGUGACACUUGUACCAAAGCCAUUUUUCAUUACACUCCUCAUGAAGUGGAGCUUCCCGGAGGUGUAGUGGCAUGGUCUCUGCACAUGGUCAGUGCGGAGGAUGUGCCGGAACUUUUGACCAGUGACAGCGAAUGUGUCUCUGACAGUGAGUGCUCGCUGAAUGCACUGCAGUUGAAUGCCCGCGCACGCGCGGAAGGGCCCAAAGCAGCAGCUUGGAGUCAGUGCGGUGGCAAAAAGUGGGAGGGCGCCACGGUGUGUGCUGAUGGAACCGAGUGCUUCAAGGUGGACGAUUGGUACUCUCAAUGCAGACCCAAGGCGACCACUGGUGUGCCAGCUCCAUCAGCAAAACCACAAGCCGCUCCGGCACCACAGACGAGAGAGAAACCCUCGAAGCCAUCCUCCGUGGAGCCCGAAGAGGCCGAAGAGCCCGAAGAGCCCUCGAAGCCGGAAGCCACCAUGCAUCUGCCAAAACGGCCCCCACAACCGAAGCCAAAGAUCUAUGACACCGUGAAUCCCAUUAUCUCCCGCGGAAACUUCCUUUACGAUUCGGUCACCGGCAAGCGUUUCUUCGCCAAGGGCGUUGCAUACAAUCCGCGCAAUGAGCACUACCAGCACAACUUUGGGCCUAGUGUGCAACUGCCUGGCUGGGUCGACAAAUGCAUCCCUGGAGAGCCCGAAGGAGGUUAUCGGGGCUACAGCGCAGAUGUGCAAACCGAUGACUUGGAGGAUUACUGGUCAGCGGACCUGGAAGCGAUGGCUAACAUGGGAGCCAACACCGUCCGGCUCUACAAUAUUGACCCACAGAAGAGCCAUGCGAAGUUCAUGAAGAAGGCUCAUUCACUGGGUCUUUAUGUCAUCGUGCCCUUGACUGGAAAGGACUGGGGCUUUUUGCCCGCAUUCCCAGCUCCGGAUUGCUACACUCAGGAAAUCGAGGAGUAUGGAAAUGUCGGGACCAAUGUCCUGGCAUUUGCCAAGACGGUCAUGAAGGAGUUCGCGCCGUACAACAACACUCUUCUUUUCACAGCUGCGAAUGAGCUUGCCCAGUUGGACAAGAAUGGAUAUGCAGCCUUCCCGUGUGUGAAAGCCUUCGUUCGGGACCUCCACAACUACCAGGAGGAGUGCAGCUCCACAAUGCGUCGGGUGCCCCUGAUCUAUUCAGACGUGGACACUGGAGGAGGUGCUGCCAGGAAGGUGGUUGCAGAUUACCUGACCUGCGCACUGGACAGCGAAGCUGAUGCGGUUGAUGCCUAUGGCUUGAACGUGUACUCCUGGUGCGACGAGACCUAUCCAGGCGAUGGCAAGGCAGAUAACUUCCAAUACUCUCCGUACAAAGACAUCAAGAAGGACUUCAAGGACUUUUCAGUACCUUUCAUCUUCUCUGAGUUUGGGUGCAACUUGGGCGUCUUCAAGACCAAAUGCCCAUAUCCAGAUGGUCGAACCUGGCCUGAUGUGAAGCACUUCUUGGGUGAGGACAUGGGCGAAUUCAUGAGCGGAGCAGUGGCUUUCCAGUGGUCCAUGGACAAGGAAGAGUAUGGUCUGACCCUCUCGCCCGGCUUUUUGGCUGGACAGGAUGAGCUCUACUUGUUGGACAACUACUUUAAUUUGCUGCUCGGCUGUGCCCAGUUCUUGACAGUUGCACUGCAGAAGGUGUACAAGAAGUACCAGGUGAAUUCCACAUGGGAUGCUCCUGCUGCCAAGGUGGACAAGUGUGGCUUUGUUCCAGAGGAUGUGGCACCCCUGGAAGAGCCGCACAAGCGACCUGCGUGCCCAAGCAAAGCGCUCUGGACCAAAGUGCAGACUCAGAGGGGUGUGGACAAAGUGGUUGACUGGACAGUCUUGCCUCCUCCAGCCAAUGCACCCAUUGGCAAUGCGACCUUGAACAUCUCCGAAUGCUCUGCGGAUCCUGGGUACCGUGGCAGCCGUGGUGUUUUCCCCGUAGGUUUCCCAAUGGUUGAUCCUGGUAUGAAGCCCAAAUGGGUCGCUGGUCGAACUUGUCACUGCAUCCAGAUUUGCCUUAAGAAGCAUGGCAGCAAGUAUCUCAUCUCAUAA